AUGUCAUUAAUUUCGAUCCCGACUCGGGAUCCAUCGACAUCUGCUCAAGAACAACCCCAGACUUCCUCAAGUCUGGAUCUUUUACCUACUUCCUCUCCAAUGGUUUCAUCAACAUCCGAAUCAGAGCUUCUCCGGGAAAGUUUUAACAAAUCAAAUUGCGGUGCUGUAUCAUCAUCGCCAAACUCGCAGCUCUGUACGGCAAUUAUUGACCUUAUAAUGUUUUGUGCACAACGCAUGAGAUCAUACAAUACACCUUUGCCUAAAGACACAACAAUCAAUCCAUAUUGGUGUUUCGAUGAGGCAGAUGACGGAAGAAAGUAUCUGAGACCAGCUCAGGAGUUUAGGAUUGAAAGAGAGGACAUCAUCCAUAUUGUUGAUACAGUCAAGCAGAAUUUGACGCGGGAAGAUUGGGAGGCCGUAAGAUAUCGUUACCAUAUUGCGCAUUCAUAUCAAGAAGGCUGGCUCAGGAUGGGUAUCCCGGGACCCAUUCACAAUGGAACAAGAGAUAACAUCCGCAGAGCAAUCCAGCAGGCUGCUGACAAAACGCUCUCUUCACUCGGAAAGCAAGCCUCUGAAUUGGGAUUGGAGAUAAAAGUUGAUACAGAACAAUCAAUACUGUGUCUCGAUGAGGAAGAGAAGAUAGAGAAGAGAUGUGCCGAUGUUGCAUUGAAAAUAAACAAGGAACUUUGUCCUUCUCUUGCUCUGGAAGUCGAACAUUCACAGACAGAUCAUGCGGGUUAUGAUAUGAUCCAUCAAUAUCUCACUCAAAGUCUAUGUUUAACAAUCAAGAUUGCAUUUGCAGUAAAGAUUGGCUAUAAAUGUGGGAGUGAUGAAGGACUCGAGGUCAUAUGGACCAGGUAUCAAGGUUUAAUCAGCGGAAAUGAAAUUUCUUCAUCGGCUGAUACAUCUAUUGUCCUUCGCUAUGAAAGUCGCAAAGAGGGUUCGAUGAAAACUCUCAAUUCAUAUGUUUUCGAUCUCUCCAUUCAGGAACUUCUUCCUCAGCGUGAAGGAUGUGAUUGGAAUUUCACAAAGGAAAUUCUGGAUGCGAGAGUUUGUGUCUCGGGGAGAGAUAUCUUGCAGUGUGUUAUCGAUGCUGAAGAGGGGGCAAAAAAGAUGUCAAAAAUACGUUCGGGACCUAUGAUUAUUGAAGGAAAAAGACAGAGUUCCUUGAUUAGGAAACCAAGACAGCGGACUGUAAAGGAAGACGAAUACGAUGCGUCUGAAAAACUUAUGGGUGGAGUUUUGGAAAGAGCCGACUCACAGAGGGAAUUCAAAGAGGUGAAUAGAAAGAUGGUUGAUGGGGGCGAGAGUUUUGAGAAUGGCGAUGAGACUGAGAGGGUUGGGGUUCAUUCGAUGGUGACUAGAAAUAUGAAGAAGGCAUUGGGGAGAAUUUUGUGA